AUUUAACACCCAGACUGAAUUUAACAGGACACAUACUCUGCAGAAUAGACGAGGGAAUUCUAUAUCUGUAGGCAUGACUGCCUGUCGGGAACCAGAUGUCAGUGUUCUUACCAUCGCUAUGGAGUGAAAAAUGCUGAAUUGUAAGGUAAUCUACGUGUGCAAGUUUCUGCUCAUGAUCUUGCGCAGCUGCACGAUGCACGACACCAGAGAGCUCGCCUAUAACGGAACGACACCCUAGAUCGUUUGCAUGAAACACUAACCCUAGAGUACUACUUUCUUUCAGACAGCUUUCUGUGACGACUUUGAGAAAAGCUGCAGAGGGUGUGCUGUCGUAGGUGGAUCUUGCUGUACAUUCCGACACGUACGACGAAAGAGGAAGUCACAAGGUCAUUGAGAUGCUAAGAACAGGAAACACUUGCAUCGGACUCAUGCGAAACUCCUACGAUUGAUGUAUACGUCGAUCAUGCAGAUGCUCAUGCGAUCAAAGAUAGUGCCAUUCCACAUGCAACUUCCUAGGCGAUUCCUCGUGCGAUUCUCAUGCGUUUCCUCAUGCGAUUCAUCAUGUGAUAUUCCUCAUGCAACUCGUCAUGCGAUUUUCUGAACUCUGUCAAUGAAUGUUUGCUCAUGCGACCGCCUACCAAUCUUAAGAGAUACUCAUGAGACGCUCAUGAGAAGAUUUACGUAGGACUGUUAGAUGACAUCAUUGUCUCAAAAUUUUCUGUAUCAGUAUUUUCAUAUGUUUCUUGUUGCAUUUAAUUAGUCAUCUGUUCCUGUUUUAUUCAUAUCAAUUUUGAAUUAAGAAUUUAUGUUUGUUUUGCAGUUGUUUGUGACAUUGCAGAAUGUCUUUUGCAUCAGUUUCAAAGUACACAGGCAGAAGACCAGUUAAGACAAGUUACUGCUGUUAUACUUAUCAAGGUUGACAACCCUAUCAAGGCCUUAUAUUAUGCAUUGCUGGCUUUUGCAGUGAAGCUAAAUGAAGGAAACGAAAAAGAAGUGACAGAUCUGCUGGAGCAGUCUAUUAAAUGGGCUGAUGGCAUCAAAAUGCAGACAAGCAAGGCAAGAGUGCUGAGUGAGUUGGGACAAGUAUACAUGCUUCAAAAACACUACAGUCAGGCUGAGAAAAUACUCAAUGAUGCAAUGACUCUUGACAAACAAGAUCCAAUGAAUUUGGUGCACCAAACUGCUUUAAUUCAUUGCCGUAUUGCUGAGUGCUUUGCAGCAGAAAGCAAAGACAAUGAAGCCAUGCAAUUUUUUUGUCUGUCAGGAGAUACUUCAAAUUUAGCAGUUAAUCACCCUUUAAGAGGCAGAAGUUUGUUCGGCUUGGGUAAAAUCCUUGUUCAGCAGAACAAAUGGAACGAAGGGCAAACUAUUCUGAGGGAAAGUGUGAGUAUUUUGAGGCAAUUGUCACCUUUUCAUCCAUCUACAAUAGCAGCCAUUCUUGAACUUAGCGACUGUUUAAGAAAGAUGAACAAGCAUAAAGAAGCUGCGUACCUUUUGACACAACCAAAUGAAGUCUCUUUGUAUCAAGAAGAUAUUGGCAUGACAAGUCAAGUUGAUGAUUUACAAAAAGAAAUCACUAAGCUCCAACAAAGGAAUGAAGCCAACCAGCAGCUCUUGUUAGUUAAAGAGAAUGUUAUGCAUAGGAUUAUUGUGGAGCGUGAAGAAACGGAGAAACAGCAUCAACUGCAGUUAGCACAGAUGAGAACUGAAAUAGAUCAAAUGAGUGCAACGUUAGAAGAUCAGAUGAGGCAGCUGCAACAGCAGGGAGAAGAAUUAGAAGAGCUAAAGGCUUCACUGGAAGAAGAGAGAAAGCUGAUCAAUCCUUUGAGGCAGGAGGUGCAAGACAAUUACAUAACUAUUCAACGCUUGACCACAAACUUAGAGCGAAGUGAAAGAGCAAGGGAGCAGCUACAACAAUUUCAACGCCAAUAUGAUCAUGUUUUACAGAUCAGUGAUGAUGAUUUGAUUAUGAUAGGAACAAGCUUAGGAAAAGGAGCAUAUGGAGAAGUUGGUGUUGGCAUGUGGAGGGGUGUAUCAGUUGCUGUCAAAACAUUUUAUGAUUUUCUUCGAGCUGAUGAGUUGAACGCUUCAUUUAUUCAUCGAGAAGUGUCCGUGUCUAGUCGUGUUCAUCACCCUAAUGUCUUAUCUAUUUGUGGAGCUAUCAUUGAGAAUGAAGUUCCUCUUCGUAUUGUCAUGGAGCUGUUAGAAGGUUCACUGAGAGAUGUGAUCAAGGCCUCACGAAGAAGUAGAAGCUAUUUAUGUAUGAGGGAGCAAGUGGAUAUAGCUGUGGGAUGUCUGUGUGGUGUGAUGUAUCUUCAUCAGCUGCAGCCUCCUCUUUUGCACGGAGACAUUCGUUCUACUAACAUCUUGGUUAGUAAGACCAUGGAAGCCAAAAUUGGUGACUUGGGUUCGACUCGUUUUGCCAGCGACAAGCUUUCUGUUGGUCCUCUCAGUCUAGAAUACAUUGCACCAGAGCGAAUGAUGAAGAGUCUUGAUGGUCAGGCUAGAUCCAACACAACACAAGCCGACGUGUACAGCUUGGGUGUCACAUUCGUUGAGUUGUUCACAGGUGAAGAUGCAAAGAGAGUUGUGCGUGACUCUCAGUUUUUGGCUGUUGCUGACAUUCAGCUUCAAGACGUUUGCUAUACUAUGGCUGCUGAUAAUCCACAUGAUCGUAUUUCCGCUACAGAAACGCUCAGACGCGUGAACGCUUUGAAGCAGAAUGAUGGGUACACAUCAUGUCCUCCCAAAAGGAUGGUGAAAGGCAAGGAAUUCACUGAAGACGAAGUGACGCUUGUGGACAUGCCGUGGAUAUGACUUUGAAACACUGACUUUUGAUGAGUUUCUUUGACUCUGGUUUGUUUCAGUUUUGUUGAAAUUUACCGAUUUUGGCAGAAAUAUUCGAUAAGAAAGAAUGAUGCAUGUUUGCAAUGUAUUAUGUGAUAUGAGUUGACAAUUCGUAAUGUUGUUAAUGUAUUUUAAAGUUUUAUUUUUAUCUUUCCAUGCUUUUUUUACUUUUUUUUUGUUUCAUAUACGUAUAUUAGAUACUUGUAUUUGCUGCACGUAGCUUUCAUCAAUGAUAACCAAACUUGUUUCACAGUCAAUCCAUAAAAGUGUAUAAUCUGAUGUUGAUACUGUUAAAUUUAGAUAUUAAGUUUAUUGUAAUAUUUUAAAUUAUGUGUAGUCAUAAAGUACGCGCU